UGCGGCGCGGGGACCGCACGAACCCGCGUCAGCCUCCGCGUCCCGCUCGGCCGCCCUCCUGGGCCCCGUGGCCCUGGGUUGUGGCGGGAGGGAAGAUGCCGCAGCCCGAGCGUCGGAAGGCCGCGGCCCUGGGCUGCGCGCAUCGCGGAAACUGAAAAUGGCCCUUCAGCUAUGCUAGGUCUAUAAUGGGAAGUGUCACACUUCGAUAUUUCUGUUAUGGGUGCCUUUUUACAUCUGCGACCUGGACAGUUUUGCUCUUUGUUUACUUUAACUUCAGUGAAGUGACUCAGCCACUUAAGAAUGUGCCCAUCAAGGGGUCUGGUCCCCACGGACCAUUUCCCAAAAAAUUCUACCCCCGUUUCACACGAGGUCCAAGCCGAGUGUUAGAGCCACAGUUCAAAGCAAAUAGAAUUGGUGAUGUGCUGGGUAAUCACAUUGAAGAUCCAGAAAAAGACCACCUGAAAUUCUCUUCUGAGUUGGGCAUGAUUUUCAAUGAACGUGAUCAGGAGCUGAGAGACUUGGGCUAUCAGAAACACGCCUUUAAUAUGCUCAUUAGCAACCGCCUGGGCUACCGCAGAGAUGUGCCGGACACCAGGGAUGCCGCAUGUAAAAAAAAGUCUUACCCAGUCGACCUGCCAGUUGCUAGUGUUGUCAUCUGUUUCUACAAUGAAGCUUUCUCUGCCCUGCUGCGGACAGUGCACAGCGUGGUGGACCGCACGCCCGCACACCUUCUGCAUGAGGUCAUCCUUGUGGACGACAACAGUGACUUCGAUGAUUUAAAAGGAGAAUUAGAUGAGUAUGUACAAAAAUACCUCCCUGGAAAAAUUAAAGUCAUAAGAAAUACAAAGCGUGAGGGAUUGAUUCGAGGACGGAUGAUUGGUGCAGCGCAGGCCACAGGAGAAGUGCUUGUGUUCCUGGACAGCCACUGUGAAGUGAAUGUGAUGUGGCUGCAGCCCUUGCUGGCAGUCAUCCAUGGGGACCCGCAUACCGUGGUGUGCCCAGUGAUUGACAUCAUCAGCGCCGACACGCUUGCCUACAGCUCGUCUCCAGUGGUGCGUGGAGGGUUCAACUGGGGCCUGCAUUUCAAGUGGGACCUGGUCCCCCUUGCUGAGCUGGGUGGGGCAGAUGGAGCCACUGCACCAAUAAGGUCACCUACCAUGGCGGGGGGACUGUUUGCCAUGAACAGACAGUACUUCAAUGAGCUUGGACAGUACGACAGUGGCAUGGAUAUCUGGGGAGGAGAAAAUUUGGAAAUAUCAUUUCGGAUCUGGAUGUGUGGCGGUAAGCUCUUCAUCAUCCCUUGCUCCAGAGUAGGACACAUUUUCCGAAAAAGGCGGCCCUAUGGGUCUCCUGAAGGCCAGGACACCAUGACACACAACUCUCUGCGGCUGGCACACGUCUGGCUGGACGAGUACAAGGAGCAGUAUUUCUCCUUAAGGCCUGAUCUGAAGACCAAAAGCUAUGGAAAUAUCAGUGAGCGGGUUGAGCUGAGGAAGAGGCUGGGCUGUCAGUCGUUCAGGUGGUACUUGGAUCAUGUCUACCCAGAGAUGCAGAUACCUGGGCCCAACGCCAGGCCCCAGCAGCCCAUUUUCAUCAACAGAGGACCCAAGCGGCCCCGGGUCCUGCAGCGUGGCAGGCUCUACCACUUCCAGACCAAUAAAUGUCUGGUGGCCCAGGGCCGCCCCAGCCAGAAGGGCAGCCUGGUCGUGCUGAAGGCCUGUGACUACCGGGACCCGACGCAGAGUCUCCCCUUCAGAUGGAGGCUUCACACGUCCCUUUUUACAGGUAGAAGCAGCCAUGAGUAAAACAGGCUGAAUGGAGGGAGGUGCUUGCCUUCUGAAGGUCCUGCUGGUGCCUGCGGGAAGGCUCCUCCCUGCACUUCCUGUUCCAGCCCCUGCCCCAGCAGAUGAGACGGUUGACAAUAGGUGUCCAUGGUUCUACCCACACAGGGCACACUGGCAGCUCCUUGGCCCCUCUUUUUUUUUCAGUUUUAGGUGGACACAAUAUCUUAGUUUUAUUUAUAUGUGGUGCUGAGGAUCGAGCCCAGUGCCUCACGCAUGCCAGGCGAGUGCUCUACCUCUGAGCUACAGCCCCAGCCAUCCUUGGCCCCUCUUAAGCCCCACAUAGUCUGUGAAUUAAGAGAAUUAGAUAAUUGUGAGAUUUAUGAUUGUGUGAUCAAGUCAACCAAAUUCAAGCACCACUCAGGGUCCUCCCAGCAUGGCACCGUCAGCUCUGCGUUGUUGGAACACAGCGCCUGAGAAAGGAGUGGUCUAGUUCGUUCAGUGUUGGAGGUUCCUGUCCCUGAGUGGUGACAAGGGUCGUAAGAGAUAAGCCCUCGCCUCACAGCGGGUGCCCUGGGUACAGUUUCCACCGAGUCCUAUUAGCACCAAGCUGAGGACCGCUCCUUCACCACACGGGCCUCAGGUGAGCACGGCCGGUCCCUCACACUCUGCUUCCGUGUGGGUCUAGCACAUGAAUAAGUCUGUCUGUUUUCUUCCACGAACACGAGAAGCGUUUUCCAGCUCUGAUUUCCAGUGUUCCCGAUUUCCUCUCUAGAUCUGGAUUUACAAUGAAGAGCACGAGUUGGUUUUAAAUAACCUCCUUUGUCUAGACAUGUCCGAGACCCGCUCCUCAGACCCGCCUCGGCUC